AGUUAUUUAUUUUAAUAAUCUGGUAUCGCUUAUAGCCAGAAAAAGAACUACUGACUGCGAUGGCGAUUUUCUAGGGUUUUAUGGGUCAGCGACGGUGGAAUCCUGGAAUCAAACGGGAAGGUCUGUUCGAGACGGUAUUCGAUCUACGGAGAAAUGAGGGAAAUAGUGGGAUCUGUAGGCGAGAUUGGGGAGGAAAAUCUCGAUCGGAUCGGCGAGGGUUGUUGGGUGAAUCAUCACGAUAUGGAAAGCGGAUCGGGAUCUCAGUGUUUUUAAAAUCAAAAUCUCUUCUAAUCGAAGAGUCAACUCAUUGGAAGUUCUGGAGAGAUGAAAACUGGUGACGGUGCUCGUAAGAGGCUGAAGAUUUCGGUCCCUCACUUCAACAAUUCAGAUCUUAUCAAGGGCUAUUCCAAAACAUUAAUUGGAAGAUGCAUGAAUCCGGAGGAGCAGAACGUCAAGUUCUUGAUGGUGACGCUUCCCAAGAUUUGGAAUCUAGAGGAAAAGGUGGUUGGCAUGGACUUGGGGCUAGGGAGGUUCCAGUUCGACUUUGAUGCAGAGGAAGACAUCGAAACGGUGUUGAAGAUGCAACCGUUUCACUUCGACUACUGGAUGAUCUCGUUAGUACGGUGGCAACCAAAGAAGACUAAGAAUUAUCCUUCAGAAAUCACCUGUUGGAUUAAGGUUUUGGGAGUGCCAUUGGAGUUUUGGGAAGCCCCAACUUUCAGGAGCAUUGGUGAUGUGAUUGGUGUGACAAAAGACGUGGAUUUGGACUAUUGUCGAGUGCAAGUUACGGUUGAUGGGUACAAGGAGCUAAUAUUCGACACGACUGUGGAUUUCAAGGGAGGCGAGUAUUAUGAAGAAGAAGAGGCUCCGGUAACAUUGCGGUAUGAAAAGUUGUUUGGUUACUGUAAAACUUGUCUCAGUCUUUGCCACAAGAUAAGAAGUGCCCGCUGACCACAAAGAGUUCUGACAAGCCGAAGGAGAUAAGAGAUGAAGAUGAAGGCCAUUACGAUGAUCGGGCUCGAAGCUACAAGGGUGUGGUUAUUAACGGGAAUGGAGGGCAACAAGAUAGGGGAAGAGAGAAACGUGAGUACCAAGGAAAAGGAAAAGGGAAAAUGUUUGAGGAAGGGGACUCAAAGUGGGUUAAGGCUGCGGACAUGGAGCGUAAAACUCACAACAACAAUCAUCGUAGUGGCCAUCGUGGUGAGGAGGAAAGUUCCCAUCAUAGGAACUAUAGAAGAGAGCAUUCACGGACACAUCAAGAUGACCGUGCAAGAGCGCCAGGAGUCUCGUGUGGUGAAGGAGGUGCACGCAGCGGUGCACGCAGCGAGGCUCGAAUGGAUGUCAGCGAAGAAGGUGAGGUCAAUGGGUUGGAGCAGUCGAGUCAAAAGGAGGAGAAGAUACAAGAGCCGGCAAAGCCUUCCCAAGCUUUCCUAGCUGAGCUAAUGGAGACCCAAGGAGAUCAAUCUAAGGUAAUCUUGGAACGUACGGAGGGAGAUCAGGGAUUAGUUUUGGAACAAAUGGGUUUGGAUUUAAUGGAAGUUAACAAUCUAGCUUCUGAUGUGGGUAUGGGGUUAGAAGAGCAGCACAUUGGUAACAUUGGUAACGGGACCAGGGAGGCUCUGAAGAAUGAUUUGUAUGUGUUAGGUGAGGGGGAGAUUGAGGACGAUGAUCCAAUGCAGGAGGUGGUAGCAGAUGAUCCUGAGGAGAAGAAAAAGAUGGAGGAUGUAGAAGUGAACGAUCGGGUCAAUGGUGAGGUGGAGAAGAGGCAAGGCACCCAUAGAAAGGCGCUUAAGCCGUCGUUAGCUGCAGUAGCCUCCAACAAGAUGAAGCUGGCUCAGCUGGUGGCUGCUAAACGAACGGUAGCCAAAGCAGGCAUUCGCCAUGGUGAUCACUCCAAGCAGGGAGAGGAGAAGGGACCAUCAGCCCCCAAGAAUGAUCCUGCCAAGUACCUGAAAGACCCAUGAAUCAAGAAACCGCAAGUGACAUGUUACAUGGGCAUCAUAUGGGUUAUGUUCUUUUUAUUGUUUCAAUAAGCUUUUUGAGCAGUUUUAUUUGUUUUAUCCUUGAGUUGGUAUUGGGUUCUGAUUGGUUAUUGUUAUUGUGGGCUAUGUGCUGGUCGUUCUAUAUGGUUUUUUUAUGGAAUAAAAAUGGUUCUUUAGUUUGGUCUUGUUGGCAUCAUCUCUUGUAACAAGGUGCAAGUGUAAAAUUAUCUGAGAUUGUAUUGAUUAUGUGCA